UACGACGCGCCAGAGGAAGAAAAAAAACAAAACAUGUCCUGACCGGCUCAACAACUUCCAUUAAUUUCAUUCAUUCACUAGAGGAUACAUCUAAGAGGUGCUGUAUGCGUAUCGCUCUUUAUGCAUUAGUAUUUGAACUGUCUAAAAGCUUACAUGCUGCAUCCGUCUGGAUGCUGAGAGAGCCAAGCCUAGUUUUGUGCCUGUAAUUGCACGAAUACCAGUGUCGUUUCUCCAAAGAUUUCAUCAUAAUAGACAGUGUGUCAUCGCCUUUGGUAUACAGUCAGAUUGCUCUGAUGUGUUCUUCUCCAUGGGUGCUAGAUCUCACUUUGCUAAGGCCAUACAAUUUUGUGGAAAUAUGUUUUUCAGGGAAUAUAGGCCUUAAUGCUUGCUUAGAAAAGCAUGAGGUUGAACUGUAGCAGGAAAAGUACAAUAGAACUAAUGGAGUAGAGGUAGUGUCAAAAGUAUAGUGCGGGACAUGCAGAAAGUCGCUUUCAUUUAGCUGUAAUUACAAGGCCAUCUCAUGCUAUUUUUUGAAAUUGUUUUUUUUUUCUUCUUGGUCUUGGUGCGCUAUAAUUUUUGUCAGGUGAGCUAUAAUUUUUCUCAGUGCAAACACUUGUUUCACACCUUUCACCAAUGAUGACAACUGAAAUGUGGCUUCAUUGUCAUUAUUCCCAAUGUAGCUUUGAACAUUGGGAAUAAUGACAAUGAAGCCAAGGGGCAUAUUUCCAUGGCAUCUUUGGGACGCGGUAGUUGCAUGAAUUCAUUUCUUUCUUAGUCGUAUUAAAUGCAUCAUUGAGCAUUCACACACAAGUACUAUUUCUAGUUGAUAGUGAUUUAAACAUGAGAUACUGUAUCAUGGAGGAGUCCAGAUCAGCUCGGGCUUCCACAGAUACAGUACACAAUUUUUUCACUGUAUCAUGUUUGUCACGGUUAGGUUAUUUGAAGGCAAGGCAAAAACGUGGAGGACCCAAGUGCAUGGAAGCAGGUAUACAAGGCAGGAGUGCGGGAGUCUCAAAAAAUAAUAUUUAAUCUCCCAAAAAAGGGCAAACAAGGAACCUGGAUGAAGCAAAUUAAACAAAGUCCCACAACAGAUAACCAAAGUAACAAAGAAACACUUGAAUAAACCAAAAAUGGAAACAAAACAUGACUGCUGAAUAAGACUUGGAACAGACCUGGACAGUGACACCUGACAAUGACAACUGAAAAUGACAAUGAACCGACAAGAACUGAAAGAAACCAAGGAACUAAAUACAAACAGAUUGACGAGACAAAGAGGAACACCUGGACAAGACACGAGUGGCUGGAGGGAGCUGAUUGGUCGACACAAGGAAAAGGUUGACAACAACAGGUUGCUGCUGUCUUUGUCGAGAAACGUGCACACAUUUUGGCUCAAAGAGAGACACACACUGCUGACAAGUACACACAAAACUUGUGCAAUCAAAAAGCCUUCCAUCACCCCAUGCAGCCGCUGUAAACACAGUUACAGAGUAACUCCAACACACACACACUGACACACACACACACACACACACAGACACACACACUGAGGAACAAAGCUGCUACCCUGCUGAGCUGCAGGAGCAUUUUCACUUAUCAAACCUUCAAAAGGCAUGAUGGACGGAAUAAGAUUUUCAUCAUCAGUAUUUUGCAGGGUGAUAACCACAAUUUAACUUCAAAGAAGUUAAAAAAAUAAAAAGCACAUAGCAAAGCACCAAUGGGAGAACAGGAAACUUUAGAUCUUGACGAGAAGAGGAGGCCAAUGGAAGUCGACAGCGAAAGUGAGACAGAGGAUGCAGAGGAAUCAUCGGGCGAAGGUAGAGGCAUGCAGACCCCCCUGCACCGCUGGGUCAUGCACGGAGCAGUGAUGUUUGGCCGGGAAUACUGCUAUGCUAUGGAAACUGCCCUGGUCGUACCAGUGUUGCUCCAGAUAGGCCUGCCUGAGCAAUAUUACAGUCUAACAUGGUUCCUCAGUCCUAUCUUUGGUCUCAUCCUCACACCUGUGAUGGGCUCGGCUAGUGACCGCUGUACGCUGCGAUGGGGUCGGAGGAGGCCAUUCAUACUGGCUCUGUGUGUUGGUGUACUGCUCGGUAUGGCAAUGUUCUUAAACGGAUCACUAAUUGGGCUUUCCAUUGGUGAUCGCCCUGGUAGUCAGCCAGUGGGCAUCAUCCUCACAGUUUUGGGAGUGAUGGUGCUGGACUUUAGUGCUGAUGCGUGUGAUGGACCGAUUAGAGCUUACCUUCUUGAUGUUGCGGACACAGAGGAGCAAGAUAUGGCCCUAAAUAUCCACGCCUUUUCAGCAGGGCUUGGUGGCGCUUUGGGCUACAUGCUAGGCGGUCUCGACUGGACUGGCACUUCUCUGGGUCAAGCGUUUAAGUCACAGCAGCAAGUCCUCUUCCUUUUCACAGCCAUCAUUUUCAUUAUCUCUGUCAUACUGCACAUGUUCAGUAUCCCUGAGAAACAAUUUGUGGCAUCCCAGCAGUUUAAUAUCAAAGGAAGAAGGACUUCAGCCAGUCAAUCAUCUUACCGACGAGUUAGUCACACACCACAGCUUCUUGAUGUCAUUGCAGAGGAGGACCCCCCUUUCGGAGAGAACCACCAAUCAGAUCCUAAGGUUGAGGAAAUGGACUUCCUGAUUAUGGAGCGAAUGCGGAGUAAAAGCGAUUCAGUCUUAGCCAUGCCAGACACGACAAUCAACCUGGAUCCUGACCUUGACCUGCAGAUCCAGCUUUUCUUGUCAGAGCUACACCAGGCUUUACCUGAAAUCCAGGAAGGUCUAAAAGAUUCGUUCAAGCCUUCGAAGCAGAGUAUUGGGUCUUUGAGUCCUGGUGGACCACCAAAACCUGCAGAUCGAAUAGUGGUUGUGGAAUCUGGAGAUUCUUUUUCUGAGCCUAAUGGUCAGAUUAAUGGUCCUCCAGAAGUUAGUCCUGCCUCUGACGGCUCACAUAUGAAACCAAAGACCAAGCUGGCUAAUGGUGCUGGUGUCAAUGCUGGCUUGUCAUCCACUGAGCACUGCAAUGCAAACAAAAGCCACACCUCCAGCAAAACUGUCACUCGGCUCCUCAGCGCCACAUCUUCGCCGCGCCCACACAAACAUACGUUCUACCGACAACCUUCUUUUACAUUCUCUUAUUAUGGACGAGUGGGAUCCCAGCGUCACCGAUUGCGACGGACAACCACCUCUAGUCCUCCGCCAAUCACCACUUCCCGCAGUCUGAAUGAUCUUAGUGAUCUGCAGAUGAUUGCAGACAGGCGGGAGUUUCAGUUGUCGGAAAGCAGUCUUUCUUCAGUGGACUCCAGCAGUGAUGACGGGCCCAACAGGGGCACAACUGUACGACUGCUCUGGUUGUCAAUGCUGAAGAUGCCAAAGCCGCUGUGGAGGCUGUGUGUAUGUCACCUGGUCACAUGGUUUUCCUAUUUAGCUCAAGCUGUCUUCUAUACAGAUUUCAUGGGCCAAGUCAUCUUCCAUGGAGACCCCAAGGCACUAGCUAAUUCCACAGAGUUCCAGAAUUACAACAGCGGAGUGCAGAUGGGGUGUUGGGGGCUUGUGGUCAAUGCUGCUACUGCUGCCGUCUGCUCAGCCAUCCUUCAGAAGUACCUAGAUAACUUUGACCUGAGCAUCAAGGUCAUCUACAUUAUGGGGACUCUGGGCUUCGCAAUAGGAACUGCGGCGAUGGCCAUCUUCCCGAAUGUCUACGUCGCCAUGGUGAUGAUCAGCAGCAUGGGCAUCAUCUCCAUGAGCAUGUCUUACUGUCCAUAUGCCUUACUAGGACAGUACCAUGAAAUUAAAGAGUACAUCCACCACAGUCCAGCCAACAGUAGAAGAGGUUUUGGUAUUGACUGCGCUAUCCUAUCAUGCCACGUUUAUAUAAGCCAAAUUCUAGUCGCAUCGGCACUGGGAGCGGUCAUCAAGGCUGUCGGCAGCGUGCGAGUCAUUCCGAUGGUGGCGUCCGGCAGCUCCUUCCUCGGCUUCCUCGUCGCCUGUUUCCUCGUUAUUUAUCCUGACGAGGAUUCCAAGGACCAGGAGUUGGCCUGUUUGUCACUUGAGCUGGACCAGAACGGAGAAGAAGGUGGUGAGAGAUUGGCUCUCCAGAAGAUGGCAGACAGAGAUGGUCUCAAAAAUACUGAGACACAACCAGUCGCCUGAGCGUAAACUUGUAGGGGGAAGUAGGAGAAAUGAAGCCGAGAUGGAAAAUUAUUAGAAAAAAAAUAACCACAGCAAUAUAGUGAAGAUGGAUUUGCACAGAUUUGUCUCAUUGGUAUGAGGAGUGUUCUGCACGUCCCGUUGCUACCUCAGCUCGAACAGGCUAAUGUGGACUAGACAGACUGAACGAGCCUGGAAAAAAGUUUGACAAGAAACGUUUCAGUGAAGGGCAAAGUGAGACCUGGUGAUACUGUAUUGUUAUGUAAUGCCUUCUAGCUGCUUCAUAGGUGAUCACAAUGGUGGGAAAGUGUCACUUUGGCCUCUCCUGCAUUAUCUACAUUAUUGGCUAAGGAGCGAUGUAAAUACAUGUCCCAGUCAGGUUAAUAUAAAACCGAAGCUCUACAUUUUGGGUUUGUCUGGUGUCGUUUGCCCCCGUACAGACGGAUGUGCUUUAAUUCACUGUGAUAACAUUGCAAGCAUUUACAUAACAGGCUUCUGUGCCAUUAGUAGAGCCUGUAUUAUUAUUUGUUGAUGAGAGCACUAUGCACCCUUAUGCAGGAACCCCAGUGGCAUUUAAUUGCAAUGUGAAAUGAUACAUUAUGCCAGUUUUGCCAAAGUUUAGGCCGCACAUCAUUUCUUAACUACACUCAAAAGUGAAAUUCCUAGCUCACAUCCUCAGGUACCCGAGUGGCAAUCAACUUUGGCAGAGUGACUUUGUUUCUUUAGAAGUAUUUUGUCAUAAGGUGCCUUUUUUUUUUUUUUUUUUAACCUCCCACUGUGGCUUAUAAUUAUAUUUCUGGAUUAGUAUAAUAAUGCCCUUUAAAUAGUAACUAGGCCAAUCAUGCAGCCUGCGAAAAACUUUUGACUAUGCAAGGUGAUAUUCAGGAGUUGUAAAUCUACUAUGCAGUCUGAUAAGUUACUGUAAGUGCCUUUUAGUGCAGAAGGCUCAGAAUGGGCAGAACAGUUAGUUUUCAAGUAAUAAUUUGGGUUGUGCAACAAUUUGCUCUGAAAGCCCUCAUUCAACUUAGGAAAUGAUGGCGAUUAAUAUUUAAAAACAAAAGCAAAUUCCUUGUGAGCCACCCAAAGGUCUUUGAUUUCUUAUCUCACAGGUACGAGUGGCACAUUGAAGCCUGGAACAGCGUGUGUUAUGUGUGGCAAUAGUUUGGAUUUUAUGUACUGUAGUAUGUUAAGAUUUGUAGCUGUAUUCUGUUCCGUGUCACCAACGUUUGGGGUGGCUUUCUGAUUGCUGCUGAACAGAUUUUUUAUAAAGAUUUAAGCUGUUUUUGAAACUACUCCUUUGAAGAAGAAGAAAAAAGUUGAAACCA